AUGAUUGCUUUCGUCGUUUUGAUGCUUCUAUCAAGUGCUAUUUUCUAUUAUUCCUAUGUGAGAAUUACCUAUGAAAAAUGGCUUAAAAAAUCAAAUCCGAAAUAUCCAUCGGCAAGUUUAGUCCGAUUGGAGAUUAUUCUCAUGGUGAAGGGUAUUCUAGCAGGUACAUUCUGUCCAACUUUAGCAUUAUACUUAAUGGGCAAACAGAAGCUCAAAGGGUACUGUGGUAUCGAUGAAUAUGGUUGGAAAUAUUUAAUAGCUAGUUUCUUUAUCGCUUGGAUAUCAACAGACUUUUUUGAAUUUUUCUAUCAUCGAAUGGGACAUACUAUUGAUAUACUCUGGAAAGUACACAAAUCGCACCAUCAAUUCUAUAAUCCAACACCGUUUGCUGUCAUAGCAGAAGAUUACGUUGACCAGAUUGUUGGAGCAUUACCGUUGGUCUUCAUUCCUGCGCUGAUUCCUAUUAAUAUGGAUCUAUUAUUUUUUCAAUUUGCUUUCUUUUUCUACGGUUAUGGGGUCUAUCUUCAUUGGGGUCAUGAAUUCUCGUAUCCAGAUGCUCAUCAUCCUGCAAUUAAUACUUCAUUUCAACAUUACUUGCAUCAUGCUGUCUCUACUAGAAAUAAGCCGUAUCAUACUGGUUUCUUUUUCAAAAUAUGGGACCAACUUUUUGGAAGUAUCUAUCCAAAUGAGAAAUGCUUUUGUGUCAAGUGUCAACAUGCGCAAGGUUAUCGUACACGUGAACAUUAUGACAAUGUAGAGAAGCCAGACUAUCGAGUUUUAUUGCAAUGGGGAUUUUGGAUGAACUCGAAAUCAGUCUAA